CUCUGCCACCUCUGGUGGGGUGGUAACCCUGGCAUCAACAUUACUGCCACGUCUGCCGAUGCACCCGUCCUGGCCGACGUUCUCAGCCGCUCAGGUCUCCCGUUUGGUGUCACCCGGGCUGACGCCUGCAUGGAUUGGCUCGACGCUACUGCAUUCGAUUCCCUGGCCGGCCACCUCAUUGAGUUCGCCAAGGCCAACCGGAUCGUGAUCAACCAGCAGGGCGAUUGGGCACGGGGGGUGGCUCGCACCCUGUACGUUGGUUCGCCACAGUCACCAGUUCGUAUCUGCCUGUACGAAAAGGGGUAUGAGCAGGGCGGCGAUGCCCCCCGCGACUGGACCCGUCUCGAAGUCAGGGUGAAGCCCAAAGGUCUCGCCCGGAUCACCAUUGGACGCAUGGCUGCAGCCGACCUCUUCGGGUGUGGCUGGGUCCAUGAGGCACUUCAGCCUCUGGGCCUCGAAGACCUUCAGAAGCGCGCUGUGGGGGUUGUCUGGAGACCCAGCGACACCGAGCGGGCUCGUCGAGCGCUGCUCAAGCAAUACGGUGCUGUGAUGGCUCAGUGGGCCGAUGAGGCCGGUGGCUGGGACACGUUCGGCAAGGUCAUCCAGGAGGCCCUGGAGACUGCAUAG